GAUUUACACGGUUUCCUUUUCAUGAUUUUCAAUACGUUAUUAGCGCAACGUUUAUUCUUUUUUUUUUCAUUCUUUUCUCCUGUCCCUUUCUCUUCUCUUUUCUCUUUGCAUCUGCUGAUGAUUGGCAACGCUCGACAAGCCGCGGGAGGUACAGGGAAUCCAGGCAACGGCUUAAAUGGCUGUCCCGUUUUAUUUUAUGAUUUUACUACAGUUGGCUUCGAGCACAGUCAAGAACGGAAUUCUGCGAGCUUGCAGGAGAAGCUGUUCUUCUCGUUUGAAACUACUGGUGUACUUCGUACUAAUUUUCAAAAUUUCAUACGAAAAGUUUGGGGUUCGGGUCUUGACUUGAACUUUGUCGGUAUCGACGAUCGACCGUCGAGACGUCGGAACACGUUUAUGACGUCUGGCAAAAUAGUCCAAUUCUCUUCAAAGACUCUAAUAUGCUUUGUCGGUUAAAUCCAAAACUUUUUGGUUAUCAUCUCAGAGACAUUUUUAAGAAAAUGUUAAAAUUUUAAUUAUUGUUAAAUUCAUUCGUGGGUUCAUCUUAUUUCAAAUUCUAUAUAAUUAUAACUCAUACGGUAAUUCAAAUUUCAUUUUUUUUUUCUUUAGAAAUUCUGAAGUAACGAUUGAUUUCAUUAGUUCGGGUGAUUCUCAGUCAAUAUAAUUACCGACUCAGUUUAAUGAAGUGAGAGUACUUUUCGAAAAAUGUCAAAAAUUGUUUGAAAAUAAAGGCAUAUAAUUUUUCCGAAAUAAAGCAAAAUUUGAAAAUAAUUUAUUAAAAAAUUACUCGGUUCUCUAACUAGAGAAGAACUAAAAGAACUCCUCGGGACGUAUAGUCGCCUAAUAAAAUGACGAGGCAGCCAGCCGCCAUGACCCCCCGACCUGACGACCCCCGUACGUUCCUGGGUUCUCCCGGGGGGAGGGGGGGAAGGGCUGGGGUGAACCUUAUUGAUUUUUAGGGUGACACUGUCAACCGGCGUUGAGUCCCGCGAUGGGAGACUUUGAAACGUGAAAAAAAUGACGCGGAGCGCCACGCGCGAAAAAAACCCUGCCCACGAAUCGACCUGACGAACGGACCUAUCCCAGCAUCACCAAGAGCCUCACGCACUUCCUGGUGAAACUGAUUCGGCGCCUCUGGAAUCUACGUACCGUCCGGUAAAAGUGCAGUGUGUGCAAGAGUGACAGAAAACAGUAACGGCGGCGAGGUGCAGUGCUGUGGUCGGGGGUGGUUUAGGCGCAGGGCCGUACUCAGCCGUAUUAUUAGUUGGGGCGAAGUGCGCAGGGUGCCCGCGUCUUUCAAAACUUUUCUCCAAAAAUCAAUUACAUGGACAGAUAGACCCUUGUAGGAUAAUCCUUAAAUUUCACAUCCAUUACCAACUUCAAUAACAAACUUCCAGCCAUUAUCAGAUUACUAUAGUCUCGCUUCAACGAUGAUUCAAACGUAUUCUUCACGUUUCAAAAAUUGCAUAACACUUGUGCGACGUUGUAUUAUUUUUUUUUAAUUCCACCAACCAUUCCUUGUACAAAAACAAAAAUAAAAGUACACAAGUCACGUUUAUUCGAUUCUGUGAAAAUGACGGAGCGCGCAACGUCGCCUUCGUAGACGGGCGGGCACUAGAUGCCGCAGAAAGUACACGGCGUUGUGGUUGACUGGCAAAAGCGUCAAUCGUCUCUCGGUCAUUUCUGAGUGCUGACGUCGCGACGAGUAAAACGGGAAACCGCGCUGACCAAUUAAGGUGAGCGUGCGAUUGAAGUAGAGAAAGAAUAAGGUAGAGGGAAAAAAAAAAAUAAAAAACAGAAGAAAGUGAACCCAGGUCCCCGCAGACGUUAACACAGUUUUAGAUAGGGUCGGUUCACUGCAUGCAACAGGCGACACUGCGUAGCCGAAGUUUCCGAUUACACGAUCGAAACUUACUUGGAAAAGUAAUUCCUUCUCGUGGCGGACAUAAUGGGCCGCCGGUAUUGAAAGACGCAACCAAGUAUGAACGGCAGCCCCGUUUGGCAGGCGGGUUAGCAUCGAUGGUUCCGCGUGGUUUGAACACAGUCGAACUUUCUCACGGAGUAACUUGAAAAGAUUUAAAGUUCCAGCGGAAUUAUAAAUCGCGUGACUCGGCUGCCAAGUUUCUUCGCCGGCGUCAAAUCCUCGUGCACCCCCUUCAUCCACCCUUCUUCACCAAUCCACGACCUUCUACAUGCUUUUGCUAUUUUGGUACCUUUGACGGGGAAGGGUUGGGGGGUGGCUCCCGCCAGAAAUUAUCUUGAUUGGAUUUUGCAAAACGUGUUUACGGAAGGCGUGCGGAAUUCAAAAUAUCACCCUUGUUACUUUGCGAAUGACUUCUUAUUUUCUUUUUCCAUCUCCUUCAGCUCUACCUUGCUGCUCUUCUUGUAUUUUCAACCUUCGACCCUUCACCCCUGUGCACUCUUGUGAGGCAGAAGAAACGGUGGUGGUUCUGAACUAGACUUGCGCCAAGCUCGGAUUAUCCGCGGUGUGAAAAAUAAGGGAGGGAGAAAUUGUCCAGCCCCUCUCUCAGUGAACUUUUACCCCCUUUUUUUUAAACUAUCUUUUUAUACGGACUCUAUUCCUUCAAUACUUACGGACAGCAUUGAGCAAGCUGUCUGCUGGUAACCAGAGGGCGUUGGAGCAUCGUGUUGUCAAGUUUAGGGGGGUUGGUGAUUGCAAUGUGCCUGUGCAGUGGGUGACGACAGUGGUAGUGACGUCGUUGGUGGCGUCGCGAGGUCGGCGAAAAGGUGACGGCGUCCAACAGUGUUUGUGUGUAUUUCGCGUGGUUCAACGGGGGUGGCAGGCUAAGACCUAAGGGUGGCGGUAUGUACCGCGUCUGCUAAAAAUGGCAGAGCGUCGUGGCGUGCGGACGCGGAAUAUCUCUCAACGAGCUAAGAAGAAAUCCAGUUGACAGUCGGGCGUGGAGAGGUGGCUGAACACGUGGUGAGGCCUGCUCGGGAGAUUAACAGCAGCAUAUAGACAAGGUGCGUGUGCGAAACGUGCCGGCCCUGGCGCACGUGCGUACGUGUGUUUCCGAAAGUCAUUAGUUGAUACACGUGUGAGUGAAAAUUGCGUAUACUAUAAGGGAGGGAAAAAGAAAGUAGCUAGUGAGACGGAAUAAGAAAGAAGAUAUGAUGAGCUUAGUGUGAGAUUGAUGAAUUAAUUGGAAAUCCAUAUAAAAAAAAGUGUGCGAAGGGAUAUUUAAUUGAUGACUACGUGUUGGAAGCAUUUUGGAUGCUUUUAUACGUUUUACUGUGCUCGUUUGAAAAGUCUUGAGACACUUGAGAGAAAAGCACGUAUUUUACGGUGCAGCUAUUUUUUCACUUUCUCACAAAUUGCUUCCUGAACUAGGCUUUUAUUUAUACCCUGCUACACCGAUUGUAUUAUUCCCAAAACUUUCUAAUCCUAGAAAUCGUUUGUCUUUCCGUUUGUUCGUUGAAUGAAGUGAUUAUGAUGUUUUGAAAUUAGUAGUUUUGCAAUGGUUUAAUGAUUUGAUGAGCACGUGACAAGAAUUAGUGCUUUUGUGAACUUUUUAAUUACAUUGGAAAGUGUUUGACCCUAUGCAAGGGAUUUUAUUAGUGUACGGGAAUCGUUAGGUUUUCAUGGCGUGACGGUACCCAAUAUAUGUGGCGGUGGAGCCCCUUGCGCGUGACACAGCCCUGGCCAGGAUCGUCUGUUGACUCGCGUAGUGUUUAUUCGCGCUUGUCUCUCCUCCUCUCCCUCGCGCCGGGUUACUUGUGUUUGGGAUAUCGCGAUUUUUUUGCAAUGUGACGCUAGAAUGAAUGAAGAAUAAUAUAAUGUCGGGCUCCUGCGUGUGCGGGUUGGCAGGUUGGCGUGAGGAGUGGCGCGCGAGUGACGCGAAACUGUUCUGAGAGACGGAAACUCGACCGAAAAUGCCGGCAACGCGAUUACACGACGGUCCCUUGUUUCCAAAAGGAUUGACAUUUUUACGCACUGGUGAACUACGACAUACUGGAUUUCACGGCUACUGAGAUAUCGUGGUAUAUGAAAGGUUCUCGCGGUGUGUGGACCGUGCUGGGACUCGCGGAUCGCGUUUUGGUGCUUAUAGGUUAGGUCGCCGGCACAUAACCUACGCGCGGUUUUAUAUUCGUUAUAAACAAGUUUUGUGCGGGACUACUGAGAGUGGAAUACUGUGUUAAUAGUUUACGGGAAUCUGGUGAAAGUGUGGGCUCCUGGAGGAGCUUUGCGAAGGAGUGUGUUCAGUGUGAUGCUAUGAGCCUGUCGUCGGAGAGACAAUGAAGGCGAAUGGAACUAACAAUGGCUGUAGCCGACUGAAUACACCACUGGCAGCCACUACCACACUGGAGGACCCAGGGACUCCUGCCUCCUGGAAGGGCGCACCGCCCGGCUCAGAGGCUUCUCCAUUUACUCCAAACUCUGUUGGCCAGGGUGGGGGCCCUACAUCGGGUCCCUAUAAUAAUUCAGGAGGUCCACCAAGCAAUACGGGAGGAUUUCAGGGCCCCAGCCCGUUCCCCGGUGGGGCGGGCAGUCCUGCUGGAGCACCCCCUUAUCAAGGUCCUCCACCAGGAUCAGCGACACCUCAAUAUACUGCAUCCCCUGCACCUAGUGGCUCUUCUACACCAGGUCCAGGACCACCUCCAAAUUCUGCUGGAUUUCCACCGCCACCAAAUAACUCAGGUCCUCCAUACAAUGGACCUGGUCCCAGUCCAUUUGGAUCGCCAUCAGGUGCACCACCACAAUUUGUUGGCCGGCCAGGUUCUUCCGGACCACCAUUUGUACCACCAGGAGGAGGCAAUCCUCACUUUCCCUCACCAGGACAACCCUUUGGAGGACCUCAGUAUGGAAUGCCACCGGGAAGUCCAUUUGGACCAGGAGGUCAUCCUAUGGCAGGUCCGAUGGGUCCUGGACAUCCUGCGAUGAUGGGCCCUGGUGGUCCAGUAGAUCGAAUGGAUCAAGGAUCGUUGCCUGUCCCCAGGAGGCACACUCCCUACUUCGGCCAACCGGACUACAGACUCUACGAGCUGAACAAGAGGUUACAGCAGCGUACAGAGUAUUAA